CCGUUUUUUUUUCUCGAGCAUAAAUACCGAGCUCCCACCACCCACAGGCUCGCGAAAGACUCGGCUAGCCUGGCAGCAAGAAGGAGCCGGGCACGCAGACAUUGCAAACUGUGCCGCUAACCCCUUGCACGUGAACACUCGGCUGCCGGUGUGCAUACGGUCACAAACGUCGCGACGAAAAGUCUCAACGCGGAAUUGUCAUUGCCGCAGCCUCGAAGAAGAAGCAGGGCAGUAAUGGGGCCCGUGAAGUCUCUCGUAUUCCUGUUCAUUCUUUAUGUUAGUCUCAGGGAAGCAGAAUGUCACCUCACAGCUGGCGGGAAAGGUGUCUGUACCAGCACCACAACAGCCGUGCAGGCCUACAUUGGAUAUUACAAGAGCUACUUGGGAGUUGUAGUUUCCAAGACCAUGUACAGGAUUGUACAGGUCACGGACUACCAGUGCUGCCCUGGGUGGUUUCCGAGCGGAGAUAAUUGCCCGAUAUUUGCAUGCUUGGAUAACUGUCUGAACGGGGGAUCCUGCGUCAGUAACAACACGUGCCUUUGUGUUCCUGGCUUCACGGGGAGUGUCUGCCAAACCGAUGUCGAUGAAUGCGCGCUCAAGCAGAGCCAGUGCAGCCAGAGCUGCAGGAACACGGAAGGCUUUUACACUUGCGGAUGUCAGCAGGGCUACGUGCUGGCGGCGGACGGCUUCACCUGCGUGGAUGUGAACGAGUGCCUCCCUGGUAACGGCAAUUGCUCGCACACGUGCGUCAACACGGAGGGCGGAUGGUCGUGCCAGUGUCCCGAAGGAUUUGUUUUGAACAAAGACGGUCUCACCUGUACAGAUGUGGACGAGUGUGCGGCCAACACGGACAAGUGCAUGCAGCGGUGCAACAACACGCUCGGCUCGUACGCCUGCAGCUGCGACGCCGGAUACACGCUUUCUGAAGAUGGGCAGAGCUGUGUCGGCAAGUUCCUUGUGCGGCGUGACGCCGUUGUGUGUGUGUUUUUUUUUAUAUACGGCACCCUCGUGUACGCCGGCGGCGUCUUUCGGAGAACUUCACGCCGCAUCUCAUCGCAACAUGUGGACGAGUGCUUGCUUAAGACUGCCGGAUGCGACACGGGCUGCGUCAACGACGUGGGCACUUAUUACUGCUCUUGCAAUUCGAGUAGCUACAGACAAGGCUCCAGAAAUAGCUCGUGUGCAGAUGUGAACGAGUGUCAGCUGUACCCGGGCUUCUGUGAGGUCAACUGCACCAACACCCUGGGCAGUUUCAAGUGCUCCUGUAAAGCUGGCUUCACUGUGGCCCAAGACGGCCACAGCUGCAUUGACGUGGACGAGUGCGCUGCCGGCCUCAGCGGAUGUGCCCAGUUCUGCGUCAACACCUUCGGCUCCUUCAGCUGCUCGUGCGGCAGUGGGUACGGCAUUGCCGGCGAUGGCAAAGGCUGCGUAGACGUGAACGAGUGCCUCAAUAAGAACGGCGGCUGCUCCCAGAUGUGCAACAACCACAACGGAUCGUUCAGCUGCGACUGUAACCCUGGGUACUCGCUCGACCCGGACAACGCGACCUGCUCCGACGUCGAUGAGUGCCAGAUGCACAAUGGGGGCUGCUCACAGAUAUGUUCCAACAGCAAAGGAUCGUUCUCCUGCUCGUGCAGCAGCGGCUACACGCUGGCUUCCGAUGGCCACAAUUGCAACGAUACGGAUGAGUGUACCAAUAACAAUGGGGGCUGCCAUCAGGUGUGUGUCAACUGGCCAGGAGGUUUCUCCUGUGCCUGCAAUGUUGGAUACGUGCUCAACUCAAAGACCGGGUGCAAAGAUGUGAAUGAGUGCAGUUCAAAUCCCUGUCAGAGGACCUGCACGAACACUCAAGGCUCUUUCCAGUGUAAUUGUGAUCCUGGCUACAAACUGGCUCCUGAUGGACUCGCCUGCAUUGACGUGGACGAGUGUGCCGCCGGGUCCUCAAACUGCCAAGGGGAGUGCGUCAACACUCUUGGGUCCUACAAGUGCAGCUGCACCUAUGGCUAUAAACUUCAGUCCGAUGGCUCAUGUGCACGCUCCUCUGUGUGCGCUGACAUUUUGCCACUGUGCGUGAACGCGGAUGGAUGCGUGGUCGCCACCAUCGAACUAAACUCUAUCGCCGUCUGCAUCUGCAGCCCCGGUUACAUCCUCUACAAUGACUCUUACACACUCUGCAUUGAUGAAAACGAAUGUUUAAGUGCCAACGGCGGGUGCUCCCAUGCCUGCGUCAACACCAACGGUUCGUUCAGCUGCAUGUGUCCUCGCGGCUACGCAAUGGGCAGCGAUGGUUUCACCUGCCAAGAAAUUAAUGAGUGUACGUCCGGCCAACACAAGUGCCAGCAUGUUUGCACCAACACCGAUGGUGGAUACAGAUGCUCCUGCAGAGCCGGAUUCAAUCUAGAUGCCAACAAUUCUACCUGCUCAGACGUCGACGAAUGCGGUGUCAGCAAUGGUAAUUGUUCCGAUGUCUGCAUCAACACAUAUGGAUCGUACAAGUGCUCGUGCAAACCUGGCUUCCAGCUCGCCAGCAACGGACUCAGGUGCCAAGACGUGAACGAGUGUGCGGUGAACAACGGCAACUGUGAGCAGAACUGCCGCAAUGUGGAUGGCGGCUACGAGUGCUUCUGUAACCCCGGAUACCUGCUCAUGAACAACCGGCUCACCUGCAUGGCAUGUGGCGGUAACGUGUCAGCGCUGGAGGGCAGUAUUGUCUCACCCGGUUACCCAUCAAUGGGCUUCGAUGUAUCCAUGCCGUGCAUCUGGAACAUCACCGCACCUGCCAACUACAACCGCAUCAACCUCACCUGUCUCUACGUGCGUUUUGACGACGGCGGCACAUGCAACCUGGCCUACAUGAACGUCACGUCGGUGCCGUCCUACACACGCACGUGGUGCCGCACGCCCGGCGGCUCGCUGCUGGGGAACGCCACCGUGUUCGUCGAGUACUUCUCCUCCGGCACGGGCCCCAACACCGGCUUCCACUGCCACUACGCCGCAGCAUACAAGCUGACGUCCGCUUUGAGCACAACUACCGGAGUGUUUGGCUUCCCAAAUUCCUCCGGUGAAUUGUAUCCCAACAACGCCAACCGGACCCACAUCAUUUAUGCCUCGGGCAGCAACCGCAUCUGUCUACAAUUCACAGCCAUGAGCCUGGAGAGCAGCGCGGGCUGCAGCAAGGACUACGUGGCUGUGUACGACGGGCCUCUGGUCACUGCACCGCUUCUUGGCAAGUUCUGCGGGGGCUCGAUCCCGGCCAAAAUCAGCUCCAGCGGCACCAGGCUGACCGUGGUGUUCAUCUCUGACAGCGAGACGCAAGCCUUCGGCUACAGCGCCUCGUACGCCAUGAAGUCUCCAAGUGGUUUCACGUGUUGAGGGAUGCUGGAAGAACGUCAUCAACCUCUCCCCAGCCAUCCGUGCCAGCAAUUCCUUGCCCCUGUUUGAAUCCGGGCUUGAGCCAUUACUUUUUCCCCUCCACCUCACUCUACAAAAUAAAUAUGCCCACUGUUUUUGCACUGCAUCUUGAGAGGCGGUCGCACUUAGACUCUAUGUAAAUCCAAAUCACUCUAGCUCCAAAUCAAGUUUAAAUCCAAAUCGUCAAUUUUAACAUCAGCAGCAUCAGAACCAGUAUGUCAAUACACCCCUCUAAAUUUAAUUAUCCAAAUGCAGAAUUGCCAAAAAGGAGGCAUCCGAGUAACAGUUUUCCAUUCAAUUUGGAUCCAACAUAAAGUAGUUAACAUAUAUUUUAUAUUAUUCAACUACUUCGUAGACUUUACAUUUAUACGUUGGGAGCCAACUUAAACAACAAGUUUCUUUUGUAAGGAUGACAUGACCAAAAAGGUGGCAACAGCACAGUGCAAUAUAGAGCAGCAUACAUGGCUUAGACAGAUUAACAAAACAAUCCUGUUGGACAUCACAGUUAAACACAUUUAUUGUUAUAAAGUUAUAUAUUGCAUUUCUCUAUUUUGCACAUGUAUUGCGGAUUAUAUAAAAGUGGCAACAAAAUAUAUUAGUUAUGUUUGGUGGUUUUAAAGAAACAAUAGCAUUUUAUAGUAUUACAUUUUUUUAUAUGUACUACCUAUUGGAUUACUUUUAGGAUGACAAUUAAAUUCUGGAAAUUAUAAUUGAAAUGUCUUUAUUGAUAUAUGGAGCCAUUGUAUUUCUAGGGAUACGCCUUAGUAACAGUGAGUUAUUGUACCAUCAGAAAGUAUAAGGAUGAAUAAACAGUCUAUGAGCA